AUGGCGAGCGCGGGCGCCGACGACCUCCUCCAUGACAACUUGACCAACGUCAAGCGGACGGACGAGAUUACGUCUCAAAUGCUGCACAAGACCAAGAAAAUCCUGGCCACGUCCGUGUACGCGCGGAGUCGCGACGACUAUGCGCUCCUCGACAAAGUGGUGCAAUCGAUUCCCUUUUUUGCCGAUAUCGACCAAGCGGAGCGCCUCCAGUACCUCCGCGCCAGCCGCGGCGUCUCGCUCAACAAGGGCCAAGUGCUUUUUUCGAUCGGUGACCCCGCCGACUCGUUCUACUGCGUGCUCUCGGGCGCGCUCAACGUCGUUGUCGACCUGUCGCGCGUCAAGAUUCACACCAAGCGCGAGCUUCUGAACCGCGCCAAGAUCUACUCGUGCUUGAACAGCCCUGGCGUCGGCACGGAGCAGUCGAUGUACACAACGUCGUACGUGGUGCGCUGUCUUCGGCGGUUCGACUCGUUUGGCGACGCGGGCAUGCUCGCACUCGAUAGCUCGCGGACAGCAACCGUCGUCGCGAUCGAAGACUCGCUCCUCCUGCGUAUCGAGAAGGAAGCGUUCUUGGACUGCCGCUCAAAGCUCGCGUUCCUCGCCAAGAUCAAGAUCUUCCAGCACUGGACGCUCGAGGCCCAGACGCGCUUGUGCCAGCGCCUCGAGCGCGUGCUCAAGUCGUACAACGACGUGCUCCUUGCGCAGGACGCGGACCCGCAAUUUUUCUACCUCUUGCAGCUCGGCGAGUGUCGGCUCGUCAAGCGCCACACAUCGCGUGAGUCGAACCAGCCGCUAUUUAUCGAGCUCGGGUCGCUCUCGAGUGGCCAGUGUUUUGGCGCGUACGAGAUCCUGCGCGGCAUGCACCGCGGCGCCUUCUCCGUGCUCGUGUCGUCGCCCAGCGCCGUGCUCUACCGCAUCGAGAAGAGCGACGUGCGCUAUUUGGUGUUGAAAGACGCGAUCACGGAACAACUGCUCAAGGCCGACGCCAACGACCUCUACGCGCGCAUGCACAAGCAGUCGAUCGAGCAGGACCUCGUCAUGAACACGCAGUGGCACGAAUACAAAGAAGCCGUCCUCGCCGAGGCCACGCCGCGGCGCCACGCCAAGCUCACGCCGCACUUGCUGCCGUUCGUGCACAGCCUGGACCCGUCGCCGCUCGGACCUAGCGCCACGAUGCCGCCCAAAUCGCCUGCGGUGCGGGGACCGCCCAAGCCCAUGGUGCCGGUGCGGCCCCACGUGCCGCCGGCCGCCGCCUCGGAAAAGCUCUUUCAGCGUCACAAGACGUGGCUGCAGUGGGCCAAGAACCGCGUGGCCAAUGUCUCGCUCGUCGACGACGGCGACGCUGCCACCCAGCUCUCGCGGAAAGGGUCCACGAACCGUACCACGCGCAUCAUGUGUGGCAAGGUCAAGCACAUCAAGCUUGACGACGCCAUCCACAUCCCUGGCACGGUCCACUCGGUCUUCAAGCACCUCUCGACCGUGCGCGGGUCAUCAUUCCGUUCAGGGACAUGAGGCGUUCCUCUGUCGUAGUAGUACACUAUUAGUUGCAGUUGGAACAGAUAGCAUGGCGCGACACGAUCGACUAGAUAACGAGUAUAACGUAGUAGUAUAUUAGAC